GCUGCCUGUAUAAAGCACCAGCACCGGUGACGGGUUACAGUAUUAGGUAGGACAAUCAUGUUGUUCGGAGUUGUGACGUCGGCGCUCAUCGGGAUUUGUCUGUCCUUUGGGGAUGUUUACGGGGAGGGGGUCGAGGUCACCCGCUACGACGGGUAUAAGGUGGUGCGCGUGGAGAUAAACAAUCAAGAAACGCUGGAGAAGAUACAGCACCUUUCAAACAACAAAAGACCCAAGUUCGACUUUUGGACCUACCCGAUCUACCCCAACCAGUCAGCCGUCAUCAGUGUUUCGCCGCAAUCAUUCGGUCUCCUCAAGAGAAGUCUAAAACAAGAGGGACUGCAGUUCGAAGUCACUAUCCACGAUUUGCAGGAUGUUAUUGACAAGGAAUCAACUGAGGCGAACCGUCAGACUCGCGGAAUGUUCGACUUGAAUCAGUACCACCGUCACAGCGAGAUCAACAGCUGGCUAUCAUUGCUGGCUUCCUCACCCAAGUGUGCCGGAGCUUGCGAGAUGUUCUCCGUUGGUCGCUCUCACGAAGGCAGGGACAUGAAAGGAAUCAAGGUUGGACUUCCAGGAAGCAACAAGUUGUCCGUCUGGAUUGAUGGAGGAAUUCACGCCAGAGAAUGGAUCUCGCCAGCCACCGUCCUCAACAUACUCAACUAUCUCAUUGAAGACAACUACGGUGGCGAUGCUGAUGCCAAGGCCAUCUUGAAGAGAUUUGAUGUCUACAUUCUACCAGUGGUCAACCCGGACGGCUACGAUCAUUCCUGGACUAGGAAUCGCCUUUGGAGGAAAAACCGACAAAAUGGCAAAGGUCACUACUAUGGUUGUGAAGGUGUUGACUUGAACAGGAACUGGGGACACCACUGGAUGGAGGCGGGAGCUGACAGUUAUCCCUGCUCCGACAUCUAUGCUGGGUCGUCCGCCAUGUCAGAACCAGAGACGCAGAAUGUUGCCAAUUACAUCUUAAGACGAAAGAACAACAUGAAGAUCUUCCUCACGUUCCAUUCCUAUGGUCUGUACUGGCUUACUCCCUGGGGCUACACAAGCAAGAGGCCUGUUGAUUACCAAGAUCUGAUCGCUAAAGCAAACAAAGCAACAAGCAAGAUCAGAGAUUAUCGGGGAUUACGGUAUAAGGUCGGCACUUCAACCAAUGUUCUUUAUGCGGCUGCUGGUGGGUCGGACGACUGGGCAAAAGGUGUCGCCGGUAUAAAAUACUCCUACACGGUUGAGCUUCCAGAUGAUGGUCGGCACGGCUUUGUCCUACCCGCCAGGGAAAUCCGACCCGUUGGGGUGGAAACAUACGCCGGGGUCAAGGAGUUAUUUAAAGCAGUCUUGGCGGACUAUGCUUAGCUUUUUCACCUUUCUGACCACACGUUUGUUCAAUGUAAUGGUAAGGGAAUAAACAUAGUCAUUGAAGUAGUCGAACAAA